GUGCCACCAAAUGCGAACAUAUUCGCUCGAAGUCCUUACGGACAAUACAUGAAAGCGUUGUGGAGGACAUUUUUACUGUUCGGCGGUGCUUGGGCUCUGGCCAAAGUUUAUGAGUUGACUGUACCCGAAGAGUAUCGUCUUCAUUAUAAAUAUCGUGAGAAACACGAUGAACAUGCCAAACACUAG